AUGGAACCCCCGCUCGUGGGAGAACCAGGCGCUGCACCGGGUGGAGGCGGUCGAGGCGGCCGUCGGCCGCCGCCGGGCUUGGGCACGGCUGCCGAUAUGCAUGACGGCGGCAAGAACCUGUCACGACGAAAGAUGCUGGGCUUGAGCACGGCGGAACAUGUUCGCGGCGGUGGCAGCAACCUGCUGUCGCGACGGGAGUCGUCGUCGGCUUCGAAGGAGACGCGUCGUCGCAACCCGCCGCUGCAGCCGGGCCGAGAAGCGCAACAAGAGAUUGUCAAUCGGAACAGUUUCCGGCCGUUGCGGGAAGAUCCCGAAGAAGAAAAAUUGCAGCAGUUCCUCCGCACCAACAGCCGGUCGUUACCAGAAGACCGAGAGCGGGGCCAUCUUCAAAGGGACUCUUACCCAACACCACGCGGUGAUGGUGGGCUCGGCAGGGGCGCCCACGGCGAUCGCUGGCAGCAUCUUUCUGGCCGGGAGCAGCAGCACCCCCGCGACGAGGAAGACGACGGCCCGGGCGGGGAGUUGGAGUUGGAAAGGCGUGUUUCCGGUGCGGGGUGCGGGGACGGGUCGUUGUCCCGGACGGCGGGGGCGUGGGGUGAUCGAGCAGGGAGUGGUGACCGCGGAAAAGGGGGUUUUCGGGAGGCGCCGUUGACGUCGAUGCUGUUGCGGAAGCAGCACCAGCACCAGCACCAGCAGAAGCAACCGCAGCCCCCUGGGUUCGUUGUUCACGCAGAGGAGGUGUUCAAGUGGAUGGGGGUCGAGGGGCUGACGCCGGAGGUGCUGCGGAGAGCGAAGAGGGGACUGCGCGAAGAGGCAGUGGCUGGCAAGAUGUGGAGGGCUUUGCUCCGCGUCGCUCUGCUCCACCUCGACGCUACCAGGAGAAGAGGAGAAGCGCCCGCGGCGGCGCUAGCGAGCGCGACAACGGCGGCAGCGGCGGCGGCCGACGCUCCCGGGAGACCAGAAACCAUCCCGGACACGCCUGCUGCGACAGCGACCAGACCACCCGCUGGAGGAUCAUCCUCCGGACCCGUGCCGGUGCCGGUCUCGGCAUCCGUACCACCGAGGUCGAACUACGACGGCGCGAGAGAUAGCGGGCGGACUCCGGUUUGGGGGUGGGUGGGGGGGGAAGAGGGGGCGGCCGCGGAGGUGCCCCUGCCCGUGGUGAUGGAAACGUGCGGGUAUCUGCUGCCGCUGUGGGGAUACAGGAGGAAGGCUUUCAUCGAAGGAAUCAAGGCUUGCGAUGUGUUACAGACACGAGAGCUUUUGCUGGCGCUCUCUUGGAUGAUGGCGAAGGCGAAAGCCUUCCCGGCGUUCGAGCAGUCUCGCCUCGUCUCGCCCCUCCCGACGAAGACGCCCGCCAACCCAACACCCCCGCAGGGCGGGAAUAAAUCGGCGUCGUCACCCCCGCCGCCGCCGCCGUUCCCACGGGACGUUUCCGAGACCCCGGAAGUUCGGCGGGUUUCCGCGGAAGCGUUCGCGGCGUUCCUGGCAGCGGAAGAACGGCGCUCGGUUCCUCCGCCGGACUGGGGGGGGCGUCUGGGAAAGGAAGAGGCGGUGCGGAUGGGAGAGGCGGAGGCCAAGGGGGAAGGAAUGGCGAGGGCUCUGGGGGCAGCGAGGGAGAUGAUGUCCUGCUACGGGGGGCUCGAGGCGGAGCUCCGGGUUGUCGAGGGCCUAGAAACGGCGAGGCAGCGAAUGCUCCGGAGAAUGCGAAGUCUGUUCCGAGACGUGGCCGAAUCCCAUCCCGGGAGUGGCAAAGUUGCAGCUUCACUGCGGACCAUCGAGACAGGACCGGGGUAUCAACAGCAACAACAACAACAACAACAACAACAACGACAACAGCAACCCUCCGCCAUGAGCACGUCUCGCGCCGGAACAGCCGACGCUACUGCGAUGCCCGGGCGGGCGGGGGCAACCACCGCCGCCGGCACAGCAGCGGCCAGCGCGACCCAACCAACGACGAAGACGGCGAGCCGCUGCCAACGCCCGAGCAGAAAAAAACACACGCCGCCUGCCGAGGCGUCCCCGUUCUGCCUGUGCCUGGUGGCCGGAAGGUCGCCGGGCGAACUUUCCCGCUCCCUCGCGAAGGUUUCCAGGGCCCGCGAGGUGCUGGACGCGCUUGAUGAGGGCCGCGAGCACGCCGGUCGGUGGUGUCGGUGGGCCUCCUCCGCGCUAGUGGCGGCGGAAUCGGCGCCGCCCCCCCGAAGCGGCGCCGUUUCCGGCGCAGCAGCAGGCAGUAGAGGUGCACCAAGGUUGCCCGAAGACACGGCGUCUUUGAUAGCAGCGGCGGCAACGAUUUCUGAACCAGCGGAGGACAACCAAGCGACGGGAGACGUGCGCGAUGCCACGCUGCGGCAAACGUGGUGCUUGCAGGAGGGGCUGGAGAGGCGCGUGAGGGCUGCCCUCCCCCCCGCCGCCGGCACGCCUGCCGCGGGCAGCCCCGUGCCGUCAUGGCUAUCGGCAGCUAUAGCGAUGUUAGAGCCGACGAGACGGGAUGGCUCCGCACCGAUGAGGACGGGCAGGACGUACGGCCACGCAAGUGCCGGACCCCCUGGGACGGCACGACCACGACCGAACGUCGGCAGAACCCGCACGGUACCCAUCCCUCUUCUCUCGGCGCCGCCGUGCGUGGGCUGUCUCUGCCUCACUACCACUGCCCGAAUCGUUGCUUUUGUGCCGGAUCAAGAGGGGAUUGAUUUACGACUUGGGGAAGCUGCGCUGACGACCACCCUGGAAGAGCAGCGAAUACAGCGACAGCGGCAGCGGCAGCAGCGGCGGCAGCACCAGCACCAGCACCAGUACCAGUCAAUGCCAGAGCAACAACAACAACAACAACGACAUCGCCCGCCGGCGUUGCACACCAGACAGGCGUUUCCGCCCACAUCGGCCGUAGAAGAAGUUAGCUGCAGUCGGGACCUUCGUGGGCAUGAUGGAGGUAGCGAGGCACAACUGUUGGCGGGAAGUUCAUCCCCAGCGGAAUCCGCUCUUUGGGACCGAAACGCCGACAAGGGGACGGGGGUGGAGUGGGCGGGCAGCAGCGCGCUUGAGCGAUCGAGGGUGGCGAACAGAGAAAGGUUGGAGUCGCUGCUGUCGGCUUGCGUGGAGGCGAUGCCGCUCGAGCCCCGAGGCGGGGGAUGGUAGGACAGGAGCAGUAGCCUUCGCGGGAUGUUUCAAUUUUUGUGAACAUGUUGAAUAUUGUUGUAGCAUUCGAUCGGGGAGGUUGGGCUAGGGAUAGCGUUAGGGCUAGGGAUGAUCGGUUCUGCGUACCCCCUUCGCGAAAAGUUAAGAUUUGUGAGGAAGUUUUACAGGGAGGGGGAUACGCAGACCCAAUCAUCGCAGAACCUGCUACACUACCCUAACCUAGCUCCCCCGAUUGCAUGCUUUAUCCAACGUGUCUACUUGAUAGAAAAACGCUGCGAGGGCUACUCUGGUAGCGGUGCUUUCUGCACGGGUCUUGCGCGCACGUCUCACGCUCUACCGUCUUUUAGUUUUCUGUUAAGGCUCACUGCUGUAUGUAUCGGGAAAAAAUAACCCGAGAAAUGAACCUGAUAAAAAUAAAC